CUGAGAAGAGGACGGGGUGGGGAAGCUCGAGGGUUCUGGGGCGCAAGAGGCUCGGCGGUAGGUAGCGAAGGCAGUUGGGGGCGGGGCGACGCGGAAGGGGUGGGGCGUGCGAAGUCCCUGAAGGCGCCCGAGGAAAGCUAGCUGUGAGGCCAGCCUCGCGCUGUGUAGCGAGCUCCCGCGACCCGCUCCGGCAGUCCCGGAGCCCCCGCCCCGCACCCGCCAUGCCCGAGCAGCUCAGCGUCGCCGAGUUCCUGGCCGUCACAGCGGAGGACCUCAGCUCCCCAGCCGGGGCUGCUGCCUUCGCCGCCAAGAUGUCCCGGUGCCGGGGGGCAGCACUGACACGGGAGGAGAGUCUGGAAGGAGACCAGGCCAUCCUGCAGAGAAUAAAGAAGGCUGUGCGGGCCAUCCACAGCUCUGGCCUUGGCCAUGUGGAGAAUGAGGAGCAGUACCGAGAGGCCGUAGAGUCCUUAGGCAAUAGCCACCUGUCCCAAAACAGUCAUGAGCUGUCCACCGGCUUCCUGAACUUGGCCGUAUUCACCCGUGAAGUGGCUGCACUCUUCAAGAACCUGGUUCAGAACCUAAACAACAUCGUCUCUUUCCCCCUGGACAGUUUGUUGAAGGGGCAGCUGAGGGAUGGGCGACAGGAUUCCAAAAAGCAGCUGGACAAGGCGUGGAAGGACUAUGAAGCCAAAAUAACCACUUUCCUCUCCAUCUCGGCUCGUGACCCCUCCUGCCUCCAACCGUCACAUGCUCUGACCCUCCUACGAAGCCCUAGCUUCCUCCAAGGCAACUUCUCAGUCUUCAGAUCCCAGCUCAAACAUCACUUCCUGAGCAGCCAGAAAAGGGCCAGGCUGGAGAAGGAGAGGGACCGGGCUAGGGUGACAGGAGGGAGCUCUGGGGAGGUGGCCCAGGACACACAGAGAGAGCGGCGGGUCUUCCAGCUGCACAUGUGUGAGUAUCUGCUCAAAGCUGGGGAGAGCCAGAUGAAGCAAGGUCCUGAUUUCCUGCAGAGCCUCAUCAAGUUCUUCCACGCGCAGCACAACUUUUUCCAAGAUGGCUGGAAGGCUGCUCAGAGCCUGUCUCCCUUCAUCGAGAAGCUGGCAGCCUCGGUACACGCCCUACGGCAAGCCCAGGAGGAAGAGCUACAGAAGCUGACCCAGCUCCGGGACUCCCUCCGAGGAACACUGCAGCUCGAGAGCAGAGAGGAACAGGAGAAUCUGAGCCGGAAGAACUCAGGAGGUGGCUACAGCAUCCACCAGCACCAAGGCAACAAGCAGUUUGGGACCGAGAAGGUGGGCUUUCUAUACAAGAAAAGUGAUGGAAUUCGAAGAGUAUGGCAGAAAAGGAAGUGUGGAGUCAAGUAUGGCUGCCUGACCAUCUCACACAGCACGAUAAACCGGCCCCCCGUGAAGCUGACCCUGCUGACAUGUCAAGUGAGGCCAAACCCUGAGGAGAAAAAGUGCUUUGACUUGGUGACCCACAACAGGACAUACCACUUCCAGGCGGAGGACGAACAUGAGUGUGAGGCGUGGGUGUCAGUGCUGCAGAACAGCAAGGAUGAAGCCUUGAGCAGCGCCUUCCUCGGGGAGCCCAGCGGCUGCCCGGGGCCCUGGGGGGGCGCCGGGCUGGACGGGGAGCCCCAGGAUAUCACCAAGCUGCUCAUCGCGGAGGUGAAGAGCAGGCCUGGGAAUGGCCAGUGCUGCGACUGCGGGGCUGCAGACCCCACGUGGCUCAGCACCAACCUGGGCGUGCUCACCUGCAUCCAGUGCUCUGGCGUCCACCGCGAGCUGGGCGUGCGCUUCUCGCGUAUGCAGUCCCUCACCUUGGACCUGCUGGGCCCCUCCGAGUUGUUGUUGGCCUUAAACAUCGGAAACACGCGCUUCAAUGAGGUCAUGGAGGCCCAGCUGCCCUCACACGGCUGUCCUAAACCCUCAGCUGAGAGUGACAUGAGCGCCCGCAGGGACUACAUCGUGGCCAAGUAUGUAGAACGUAGGUUUGCCCGGCGGUCCACGCCCGAGCCGCAGAGACUCUGGACCGCCAUUUGCAACCGGGACCUGCUGUCAGUACUGGAGGCCUUCGCCAAUGGGCAGGACUUCGGACAGCCGCUUCCAGGGCCUGAUGGCCAGGCACCUGGAGAGCUUGCCCUGCACGUGGCUGUCAGAGUCGCCAACCAGGCCUCCCUGCCUCUGGUGGAUUUCAUCAUCCAGAAUGGCGGUCACCCGGAUGCCAAGGCAGCUGAUGGGAACAGCGCUUUGCACUACGCUGCUCUCUACAACCAACCCGACUGCCUCAAGCUGCUGCUGAAGGGGAGAGCUUCCGUUGGCGCAGUGAAUGAGGCAGGAGAAACAGCUUUGGACGUAGCCAGGAAGAAGCAGCACAAGGAGUGUGAGGACCUGCUGGAGCAGGCCCAGGCUGGGGUGCUGGCCUUCCCUCUGCAUGUGGACUACUCCUGGGGAAUUGCCACAGAGCCUGGCUCUGACAGUGAGGAGGACGAGGAAGAGAAGCGCUGCCCUCUGAAGCCCCAAGCCCAGGUCCGCUGGGCCAGUGGGAGGAUGGACAUCAGCAACAAGACCUAUGAGACCAUCACCAGCUUGGGCCUAACUGCCGUUCAGAGCCAGAGUGAGGACUGCCCCCCACCACUGCCAGUCAAAAACCCUUCUCGGACCAUGGUCCAAGGCCGUGCAGGACAUGCCAGCGGAGAUCGUUCUGAAGUCCCCAGCCUGAACUCAGAGCCUCCCGAGGCCCCUGAGAGCCUGGGCAGUCCAGCCUCCUCCUCUUCCAGCCUCACAAGUCCUGUGGAAUUUGGAAGUGCCAACCAAUCCCCACCCAGCUCUGAAGAGGGCCUCUGGGAGCCCCCAGGCACCUCCCGACCCUGCCUGACAUCUGGAACCACCCCUGCGGAGAUGUAUCCCCCCGUCAGGUUCAGCUCUGAGAGCACGCGCUCCUAUCGGCGGGGGGCCCGGAGCCUGGAAGACGGUGCCUCGACUAGGCAACCUCUACCCAAAAGGAACAUGACGACUAGCCUCACUGAAGGAGAGGGCUCAAGAACUGGGGUUCUCCCAGCAAGUUCUGUGCAGCUUUUGCAAGACUAGCUCCUGCUGGCCCUUACGUGCCUGAAUCACCCCUACGCUGGACCCCAAUGUUCAGAACUAGGACUUGAGCCCACAGAACUGGGGAGCCGAGGCAUUCAUUUCCUUGGGUCUUGCUCUCUCUGUCCCCGGUGCCUCUGUGGCUGGCCUUCUUCCCUGUCAUGGGCCCAAUGUCCCUGCCAAGGACACUGGGCCCUUCCAUGUUAGGGCCGAUGGCCAUUCUCUCCCCUCUGUCUCAUUACCCCCCGGGGACCAGAGAGCCCUAUGGCUGGAUCUGAGUGACUCUGAGCUAGCUUCAGCUGCAGAACUCUCAAUCCCUCAUCACACCAGGACUGUGUUUCUUCCAUCGGUCUGGGGGCUCAACGAGAAUCGGACCAACCCACUUUCAUCAUUCUCCACAUCCAGACCAAGGAUUCUGCCAGAAUAGGGACCAUCUUCUUGACCAUUCAUUUAUCUAGUAUUCCUUUACUGAAUUCUGGCUCUAUGUCCAGACCUGUGCUAGAUGCCACAUGAAUAAGACAAGAGGUCCUGCAGAUGUGGUCCCUUGCUGGUUGGACUUAGGAAUGAGCAGGGCCGGUGGUUCUGGGCUCAGGGGCAGACUGACAAGCAGCUGGUUUAUACCGGUAUGACACGGCAGUCGUCUGCAGCCCAUAUCCAUUCUGGUUGGUCAGUGCCCAUUCUGUACUGGCUUUUAAUGAAACAUUCUGCAUAUCACUGCUUUUGAAGGACAACACAGCCUUCCC